AUGACUAUGCAUUGCUGUUUUGCAGUACUCUUACAGCAUGGAGCGGAGCCAACCAUUCGAAAUACAGAUGGAAGGACAGCCUUGGAUUUAGCGGAUUCGUCUGCCAAAGCAGUGUUGACGGGUGAAUAUAAAAAAGAUGAACUCUUGGAAAGUGCCAGGAGUGGCAAUGAAGAAAAAAUGAUGGCUUUACUUACACCAUUAAAUGUCAACUGCCAUGCAAGUGAUGGCAGAAAGUCAACUCCACUGCAUUUGGCAGCAGGGUACAACAGAGUAAAGAUCGUACAGCUGCUGCUGCAGCACGGAGCUGAUGUUCAUGCUAAAGAUAAAGGUGAUCUGGUGCCAUUACACAAUGCCUGUUCUUAUGGUCAUUAUGAAGUAACUGAACUUCUGGUCAAGCACGGUGCCUGUGUAAAUGCAAUGGACUUGUGGCAGUUCACUCCUCUUCAUGAGGCAGCUUCCAAGAACAGGGUGGAAGUGUGUUCCCUCCUCUUAAGUUACGGUGCCGAUCCAACACUGCUGAAUUGCCAUCAUAAAAGUGCUGUAGAUUUGGCUCCCACGCCACAAUUAAAAGAAAGAUUAGCAUAUGAAUUUAAAGGCCACUCACUGCUGCAAGCUGCACGGGAAGCUGAUGUCACACGGAUUAAAAAACAUCUCUCUCUGGAAAUGGUGAAUUUCAAGCAUCCUCAAACGCACGAAACAGCAUUGCAUUGUGCUGCUGCAUCUCCGUACCCCAAAAGAAAACAAAUAUGUGAAUUGUUGCUACGAAAAGGAGCAAACAUCAAUGAAAAGACUAAAGAGUUCUUGACUCCUCUACACGUGGCGUCUGAGAAAGCCCACAAUGACAUCGUCGAAGUGGUGGUGAGACAUGAAGCAAAGGUUAAUGCUUUGGACAGUCUUGGUCAGACUUCUCUGCACAGAGCUGCGCAUUGUGGUCAUCUGCAGACCUGCCGCCUGCUUCUGAGCUAUGGCUGUGAUCCAAACAUCAUAUCCCUUCAAGGCUUUACUGCCUUGCAGAUGGGAAAUGAAAAUGUGCAACAGCUUCUUCAAGAAGGUAUCCCAUUAGGUAAUUCCGAGGCAGACAGACAGUUGCUGGAAGCUGCAAAGGCUGGAGAUGUAGAAACUGUCAAAAAAUUGUGUACUGUUCAAAGUGUUAAUUGCAGAGACAUUGAAGGGCGUCAGUCCACACCACUUCAUUUUGCAGCUGGGUAUAAUAGAGUGUCUGUGGUGGAAUUUCUCUUGCAACAUGGAGCUGAUGUGCAUGCUAAAGAUAAAGGAGGCCUUGUGCCCUUGCACAACGCAUGUUCCUAUGGGCAUUAUGAAGUGGCAGAGCUUCUUGUUAAGCACGGUGCUGUAGUUAAUGUAGCUGACUUGUGGAAAUUCACACCUUUACAUGAAGCCGCUGCAAAGGGAAAAUAUGAAAUCUGCAAACUUCUGCUCCAGCAUGGUGCAGACCCUACCAAGAAAAACAGAGAUGGAAAUACCCCUUUGGAUCUUGUUAAGGAUGGAGAUACAGAUAUCCAAGAUCUGCUUCGGGGGGACGCAGCUUUACUAGAUGCUGCCAAGAAAGGCUGUUUAGCCAGAGUAAAGAAGCUGUCUUCACCUGAUAAUGUAAAUUGCCGCGAUACACAAGGCAGACAUUCAACCCCGUUACAUUUAGCAGCUGGUUACAACAAUUUAGAAGUUGCAGAGUAUUUACUACAACAUGGAGCUGAUGUGAAUGCCCAAGACAAAGGGGGACUAAUUCCUUUACAUAAUGCAGCAUCCUAUGGGCAUGUAGAUGUAGCAGCUUUACUAAUAAAGUAUAAUGCAUGUGUCAAUGCCACGGACAAAUGGGCUUUCACACCUUUGCAUGAAGCAGCCCAAAAGGGACGGACACAGCUUUGUGCUUUAUUGUUGGCCCACGGAGCUGAUCCUACUCUUAAAAAUCAGGAAGGACAAACACCUUUAGAUUUAGUUUCAGCCGAUGACGUCAGUGCUCUCCUCACUGCAGCCAUGCCCCCUUCUGCUCUACCUGCGUGUUAUAAGCCACAAGUGCUCAAUGGGGUGAGAAGCCCAGGAGCCACCCCAGAUUCUCUGUCUUCGGGUCCAUCCAGCCCAUCAAGCCUUUCUGCAGCUAGCAGUCUUGAUAACUUAUCUGGCAGUUUCCCUGAACUGUCCUCAGUAGUUAGUUCAAGUGGAACAGAGAGUACUUCCAACUUAGAUAAAAAAGAAGGUCCAGGAGUCGAUUUUAGCAUAACUCAGUUUGUAAGGAACCUUGGACUUGAGCACCUGAUGGAUAUAUUUGAGAGAGAACAGAUCACCUUGGAUGUAUUAAUUGAGAUGGGACACAAGGAACUGAAGGAGAUUGGAAUCAAUGCCUAUGGACAUAGACACAAACUAAUUAAAGGCGUUGAGAGACUUAUCUCUGGACAACAAGGUCUUAACCCGUACUUAGCUCUGAACACCUCUGGCAGUGGAACAAUUCUCAUAGAUCUGUCUCCUGAUGAUAAAGAAUUUCAGUCUGUGGAGGAAGAGAUGCAAAGCACCGUCCGAGAACACAGAGACGGAGGCCAUGCAGGUGGAAUCUUCAACAGAUACAACAUUCUCAAGAUUCAGAAGGUUUGUAACAAGAAACUAUGGGAAAGAUACACUCACAGAAGAAAAGAGGUUUCUGAAGAAAACCACAACCAUGCAAAUGAAAGGAUGCUAUUUCAUGGAUCUCCCUUUGUGAAUGCUAUCAUUCAUAAAGGCUUUGAUGAAAGGCAUGCCUACAUAGGUGGAAUGUUUGGAGCUGGCAUUUAUUUUGCUGAAAACUCUUCCAAAAGCAACCAAUAUGUAUAUGGAAUUGGAGGAGGCACUGGAUGCCCAGUUCACAAAGACAGAUCUUGUUACAUUUGCCACAGGCAGCUGCUCUUUUGCCGGGUGACCUUGGGGAAGUCAUUCCUGCAGUUCAGCGCCAUGAAAAUGGCACAUUCUCCUCCCGGCCAUCACUCAGUCACUGGUCGGCCCAGUGUGAAUGGCCUAGCAUUAGCCGAAUAUGUUAUUUACAGAGGAGAACAGGCUUAUCCUGAAUAUUUAAUCACAUACCAGAUUGUGAGGCCUGAAGGUAUGGUUGAUGGAUAGAUUAUUGUUUCCAGAAACUAACUCCACCGAACCUAAAAUCAUCCAAGCAGCUGGUCGUCUCCCUAAGUUUUACUCUUUUGCUGAAAAAGGUCAUACUGCGUACAGGCCCACGGCAAAAGGAUAAAAAUAAUGUGAAAAAAAGUUUUAACAUUCUGACUUGAUAAAGCUUUAAUAAUGUACAGUGUUUUCUAAGUAUUUCCUGUUUUUCAGCACUUUAACAGAUGCCAUUCCAGGUUACACUGGGUCUGUCUGUACUAAAUAAUGAAGAGUUCACUUGAACCUUUUAUACAUUAUGCAUCGACUAACAGAAAAUGUAAUGCCCUGAAUAAAACUCGUUUUACUAAUGCUCAAA